AUGCGCAUUCGUUUCAGCUUCGCAGGUGGAUUCCUGCUGCUUCUUCUGCUGGCAGCGUACGCUGGCCUCACGAAGCUCCAGCUCGGCCAUUUGGUCAACGACAAGGUGCUGCACUUUUCCACCUUUUUUCUCCUCACCGUCGUCUUCUACUGGGUCGUGGACACGAACCGCCGCCGAACGAUAAACAUGACAUUCAUAAUAUGCACAUUGAUACUCGGCGUCGGGUCCGAGUUUCUGCAAAGCUUCCUGCCCAACGAUCGCGAGUUUGACAUUUACGAUAUUGUCGCCAACCUCGUCGGCAGCCUGCUCGGGCUCGGGCUCUGCUCGUGGUACCACCGAAGAAUGCUCGAGCGCAGACGCCAGAAGAAGACGUAUAAUGCGGUACCGGGAGAAGACGUGGAGGACCUUGAGCUCGGCGAGGGCCACGAGACGGGCGUUGUGGACAGUGCGCCGCAGACGCUGGAAGAGGAGGUUGACAACUGGGAUGAGAAUGCGCCGGACGAUUGGGAGGAGGAUGAGAAUACGGAAGGUGCAGACAUUACGACUUCACAGACUGUCAACAAGGUCAAGUAA